AUGACCAGACCAGAUAUCGCUUUUGCAGUGCAGGUUUUAAGUCAGUAUAUGCAAUGUCCCAAGGUGUCACACAUGGAAGCUGCUCUUAGAGUAGUCAGAUGCAUCAAACAAGCACCAGGCUUGGGGUUACUUAUGCCAGCAGAAAGUACAGACAAGUUGGUUGCCUACUGUGAUUUUGAUUGGGGAUCUUGUAUAGAGUCAAGGAGAUCAGUAACUAGGUACUUGGUCAAAUUUGGAAAUGCACUGGUGUCUUGGAAGUCAAAGAAACAAAUGACUGUGUCCAGAAGUUCAGCUGAGGCUGAGUUCAGAAGUAUGGCUUCAUGUGCAGCAGAAGUCACUUGGAUGAUAGGGCUGUUCAAGGAACUUGGAGUCAAGAUUCAACAGCCUAUAAGUCUGAUAUGUGACAGCAAGGCUACUAUACAGAUAGCAGCCAAUCCUCUCUUCCAUGAAAGAACUAAACACUCUGUAUAG